AUAGUAAUUCUUCACCUACAAUUGCAAUUUCCAAUACAAUUUCUACUACUCAAUUACCUGAAAAUAAUAUAGAGGAAAUUCACUCUAAUGCUAUAGCACAAAAAAAAGCGAUUGAAUGUAAACAAUUAGCAGAAAAAGAGCUAAUUGAACUUGAAUUUUCAUAUAAUAUUUCACCUAAUAUUUAA